AGUGACAUCGAUGUUUUUGCAUCCCUACUACGUGUCAUGCGUCGGUAAAAACAAAGUUAAAUUCGCGGCGUACAAAUCGUGCAUUUUCGCAGCAGCAACAGCUCCCGCCCACCUCAGCGCCCGCUUAGCCAGCGUCGCGCCAUCAAUUGAUCGGGAAUUCGCAGAAGGCGCUGCAGAACCCCGCCUCCACCCCGUCAGCAAGCCCAGAGCAUCAGCUGGAGCUGCCGGAGGAAAAGUGCAAGGAAAAGGCAGGCCAGACGAGGCGUAUAUAUAUAGAUAUAGAUAGGAGGAGGGCACAUCGAUGGCGGGUCAAAAGUUCCAGUACGACGAGAGCGGCGGAACGUUCUACUACUUCGUGUUAUCGUUCUUGGCGCUUAUACUGAUACCCACAACGAUUUACUAUUGGCCACGUAAAAAGAAAGAAGAUCCCAGCAAGCUAAAGGAUGAAUGCCAAUGCGCCGACUGUCUAAAGAAGAAAGCCAUCCUGGCCAAUGCCGAGCCCUACAGGGCACUCAAGUCAUGGAGCAUCAAGCUGACCAUUGUGCUGGGCUGGGCCCUGUUGCUCUUUCUCACAUACCGCGUCUCGCAGUUCGAUUACGAGAUGGCCAGCUUCGAUCCCUUCGAGAUAUUGGGAGUGCCUCCGACCUCAUCGCAGGCGGAGAUCAAGAAGGCCUACUAUCGGUUGUCCAAGGUUCUGCAUCCGGACAAGGAGACGGGUGACGAGAAGUCAUUCAUGAUGCUGAGCAAGGCCUACCAGGCGUUAACCGAUGACGUGGCAAAGGAGAACUAUGAAAAGUAUGGCAACCCGGACGGACCGGGUGCCAUGUCCUUCGGCAUCGCUCUGCCCUCGUGGAUCGUCGAGAAGGAGAACAGCGUUUGGGUGCUGGGCCUGUACGGUCUGGUGUUUAUGGUGGCCAUGCCCUCGGCGGUGGGCGUGUGGUGGUACCGCUCCAUUCGCUUCAGCGGCGACAAGGUGCUGCUCGACACCACGCAAAUGUACUUCUACUUUAUCCACAAGACGCCGCACAUGCUGCUCAAGCGGGCCCUGAUGGUGCUGGCGGCCAGUUUGGAGUUCGACAAGCGGCACAAUUCGCAAGUGCAGGAGCGGCAGUCGGAUAACGACGAGGUGCCAGCUCUCAUCCGACAGCUACCGAACUUGAACGAGAAGUGCAAGGAGCACCCGUUGUGCCGGAUGUACUCCAUCAAGGCCCGCGCCAUCCUGCACGCCCAUCUAGGUCGAAUGCCCCUCAAUCCGGAAACCCUGGAACGUGACCGCCAGUUUGUUGUAAAGAAGUGCCCGUAUCUGGUUCAAGAGAUGGUCUCCUGCGUUCACCAGCUCGUAAUGAUGGCCUACGCUAGGCGUGUGCCUCGUCUGCCCAGCAUCGAGACGAUUGAGAAUUGCAUGAAGAUGUCGCCGAUGAUUAUUCAGGGCCUCUGGGAGUUCAAGUCGCCGCUGCUGCAGCUGCCCCACCUCACCGAGGACCACCUGUACUUCAUGAACAAGAAGCGGCACGUAAAGAACCUGCAGCAGUUCGCCCAGCUGAAGCCCGAAGAGAGCCGCGUGUUGCUAAAGAACCUCUCCGACUUUGAGUACGAGAACACGAUGAAAGUGCUGGGCAAGAUGCCGCUAAUUGACUUUUCCAUCCGCUGCGAGGUGAUCGACGAUGAGAACACGAAUGUGGUCACCGCCGGCGCAAUUGUCACGGUCACUGUUACGCUGGAGCGCAAGGACAUGAGAUCGCUAUUCGGGGACACCAAGGCGCCCGAGAAGCAGGGCAUCAACGACGAGGCCAAUGAGGAGGCUGCCGCAGAGGAUGACGAAGCCGCCGCCGCCGCUGUGCCGGCAAAGAAGGCAUCCGCCUGGGCCAAGCCGCGCAAGGGCGGAAAGGGCAAGGGUGGCAAAAAGCCCGCUCAAAACCAGAAAAACAACCAAAAGAAGGCUCCGCCCAAAGCCUCAUCAACGGCGACAGCCAAUGCAACCGCUUCUGAGGAUCAAACAGGCAACUCUGAUGCAGAAUCCGAAAUGGGCAAUGGCGACGGCAGCGAUGUGGAAUCAGUGGCCGGCGGCAGCGGCAGCGAGGACGACGAGAAGGCCAAUAAGAAUCAUUCGUCGUUGGACGACGACGAUGACGAAGAGUGGGAGAGGCUGCAAGCAAAGCUGAACAAGAGGGAACGACUUGAGGGCAAGUCUCGGCUGUCGCACACCGUCCACUGUCCCUACUUUCCCGAGGAGAAGCAGGAGUACUGGUGGACUUACAUCUGCGACCGCAAGUCGCGCACCCUGCUCACGGCUCCCUAUCACGUGACCAAUCUGGUCGAAAAGGAGGAGAUCCAGCUGAAGUUCACCGCACCACGCUGGCCCGGCGUCUACACGUUUACCGUGUGCCUAAGAUCGGAUUCCUAUCUGGGCAUGGACCAGCAGCAGGAGCUGAAGCUCGACGUGCAAAAAGCGCCCGCACCACCGACAGAUCAUCCCCAGUGGGACCUGAGCGAAUCGGAGCCAGAGCACAAUGACCAACAGGAGAACCUGAGCGACUACACCACAGACACGUCCGACGAGGAGGGCAGCGACUAGAUGGAAUAGACAGAGACGGGCGGAAGGAUGGAAGGACGCGACGUUCCGCCGCCACACCCCAAACGACCUCGACCUCCUCCUAUCUCUCUCUUUCUUUUUUUUCUCUGGGACGAAAGAAGCCUCUUUGUUUUCCCUUUUUAGUAAAUGAGUUUUGCGUGGCGGAGGAGGUGAUCCUCCUUUGCAUUUUUACUAGUUUUGUAAUGGAAACGACGAUCCCGAACUAGAACGUAAAGAAUAACUAUAAACAACUUCAUUUUACCGUGUACUGUACUAAUUAUAAUUAUAAUGUACUGUAUAUUUAAUUAUUUGGAUACAAGAACUAAAAGUGAGACACGUAAAUACAAAAAGUCUAUUGAUAUUUA